AUGGCACCUCUCGGAGAGCAACUGGUGGACCAGCUUAGAGGCACCGUCGACAAGCUCGAGGCUCGCGUUGCCGAGCUCGAGGCCCGUCUUCACGGCAAGGCUCAGAGCUCUGCCUCGUCGUCGUCCAGCGAUGAGAGCAUGAGAAUCAUCCUCAUGGGUCCCCCCGGUGCCGAAGGAGCCCAACAACAACUAACACGCGCGCAGGCUACCGGUGACAUGCUCCGCGCCCAGGUCGCAAAGAAGACCGAGUUGGGCAGACAGGCCAAGAAGAUCAUGGACCAGGGCGGUCUCGUCAGCGACGAGAUCAUGAUUGGCAUGAUCAAGAGCGAGCUCGAGAACAACCCCGAGUGCAAGACUGGCUUCAUCCUCGACGGCUUCCCUCGCACCGUUGCCCAGGCCGAGCGCCUCGACGACAUGCUCAAGGCCCGCCAGCAGUCGCUCAAGCACGCCGUUGAACUCCGCAUCGACGACGGGCUGCUCGUCUCGCGUAUCACCGGCCGUCUCGUCCACCCCGCUUCUGGCCGCUCUUACCACAAGAUCUUCAACCCUCCCCAGAAGUCCAUGACCGACGACAUCACUGGCGAGCCCCUCGUCCAGCGCGCCGACGACAACGAGGCCACCCUCAAGAAGCGUCUGGCCACCUACCACGACCAGACCGCCCCCGUCAUCUCUUACUACCAGAAGACCAACAUCUGGAGAGGCAUUGACGCCAGCCAAGAGCCCGGAGCUGUGUGGAAGAACAUCCUGGGCGUCUUCGAGAAGGGCGGCAACGGCAACAUCCCCGCCUCGGGCAGCCUUCUCCAGAAGAUUGGUCUCCAGAAGUAG